CCUGAUCGCCUGUUCCAGUAGAGGCGAAGCUUUACGUCCUUCCUUAGGCAGCACCUCCGUGCAUCACGCUGCAUAGUCGUUCCUCCUCUCAAUCUUAAAAAGGAGAUCCAUUUCGUCAUAAAGCCAGCGAAUUGGGAAGUGCGUUAUCGGCAGUUGUGAUCGGUAGCCCGAAAAUGGCUUCCAGCGUGCGAAUUUCGUUACUAAUCGUCGUCCUUGUCAGCGUAACGGGGGUUUUCGCCAGCGUCAAGCCUCUCCGUGGCGUCCCCCCUCAAGAUAAGGCACUGUUCUCUGGCGACGUGAUUUCGUGCCGGGAUGGUUCCAGGAAGGUUCACAUUUCGCGAGUCAACGACGACUUCUGUGACUGCCCUGACGGCACGGACGAGCCAGGCACUUCGGCGUGCCCCAACGCCUCCUUCUUCUGUCGCAACCGAGGGCACAAUCCCCUCCGCAUCUUCUCGUCACGCGUAAAUGACGGCAUCUGCGAUUGCUGCGAUGGUAGUGACGAGUACGAUGGAAGCGUUGUUUGCCCCAACACGUGUGCGCAGGCCGGGGCGGCGAGGCGGCAACAGCUGGCAGCUGACGUGGCGAAGUACAAGGAGGGGGUGAGGCAGAGGCAGAGGGCGAUCGAGGAGUGGCGAGAGAAGAAGGGGCGGAUGCAGGAGGAGAGGGGGCGGCUGGAGGAGGAAGAGAGGCAGCUGCAGGAGAAGGAGAAGGCGCUCAAAGAGAGGAAGGAGGCUCUGGAGAAGAUAGAGGAGGAGGAGAAGGAGAAGCAGAGGAAGAUAGAGGAGGAAGAGGCGGCUAGAAGGAAGGCAGAGGAGGAGAAGCUGCAGCCACCACCUGCCGAACCUACCGAACCUGCCACCGAACCUGCUGCCACUGAAGCUGCUUCUACCGAACCUGAUGCUGUCGAGCCUGACACUGCCGAGCCUGCAGCAACUGAGCCUGCUGCGGCCGAGCCUGAGUCUGCGUCUGCCACAGGGAAGGCAGUGUUGGGGGAGCCGCUUAGUGCUUCUGAUGCUGCUGCUGAUGCCGCUGCCAAUGCUGCUGCCGAUGCUGCUACUGAUGCUGCUGCUGAUGCUGGUGCUGUUUUCGAUGCGACUACUGCUGCUGAUGACAACGACGAUGAGAACGACGAGGACCUAUCGGGACUAUCGAAGGAGGAGCUGGGGAGGCGGAUUGCCUCCCGAUGGGCGCAUGGGGAGGACGGACCCGGGGGGGCGGAGGUUGGGGGGGAGGAGGGGGAAGGGGGGGAGGGGGGUGGGGAAGGGGAGGGAGAAGGGAGUGAUGGGGCUGACUUGGGAGGGGAUGAUGGGUUGGCGUAUGAUGAUGGGGACGAUGACAAGGACUAUGACGACGUGGAGCAUGAUAAUCAUGACGAUCAUGAGGUUGACCAUGAUGAUAAUGGUGAUGAUGGUGGUGAUGGGCAUGAUGCCGUCGAUGAUGAUGCGCUGGAGGACAACGAGGACUUUCCCUCCCAUGACGAGCAGGAGGACGAUCCUUGGCGCGAUGCAUCAGCGCCCUCUGCCUCCUCGCCCCCAUCCUUCUGGGACAAGGCGAAGCAGGUGUGGUCGCGAGUCUCCUCCCUCGUCUCCACCAAACCAGCACUGUCGAUCAAUGAAACGGACCUGCUUGCAGUGCGUUCAGAGUACAACAGGGUGUCAUCGCAGCUCAGCAAGACGAGUGGGCGGCUUCGCACAGUCAAGGACAAGCUCGAGAAGGAUCUGGGCCCUAACGGCGAGUUCGCUUCAUUCACAGACCACUGCUUCUCCUUCAAAGUCAACCAGUAUGAGUACGAGGUGUGCCCGUACCGCCAGGUGAAGCAGAAGGAGAAGCACCACUCCGAUACCACUGUGGGGCGCUGGUCGGGCUUUGAGGACAACUAUCGCACAAUGAUGUUCAAGAAUGGCGAUCAUUGCUGGAACGGACCCAGCAGAAGCAUCAAGGUGAAGAUGGAGUGUGGCCUUAAAUCGGGGAUAAAAUCGGUGGAGGAGCCCAGCCGAUGCGAGUAUGAAGCGGUGCUGGUGACGCCAUCAGUGUGCACGGCAGAGCUGGCAGAGGAGUUGGAGAGGCAGCUGAAGGCGACGGAGGAUGAUUUGGCAGGCCACGAUGAGCUGUAACAUGUAGCAUCUUGUUAGAAAGAUAUAGCAUUUACCGCUAUGGUCAUGGAUGGAAUAAGUUGCAUCGCUUUAUGACCUGCAAUGAAUGUUGCCUUAAAACAGGGUGAUAAGUGUGAAGUUUCAUUGGAAUCGUACAGACAGAACUAGAAUUACAUCCGGCUGGGAAAUUGCCACCAUGUAUAGUACAAACUUCAAAAUCCGCAGACAUA